GUAGUAGCGCGCGGUCUUCAACUGCUUGACGCGUCAUGGCCUCGUUUUUUGAUGUCAGCUCUAAGAGGAAAGAUAAAAAAGAAGAGGAGGAAGGCUACGGAGCAGUGUAUGCUAAGCUAGAUAAAACUGUGGUUUUGCAAGAAGUAUUUGCAAAUUCUUCUCUCUCUCCAUCUAUAUAUAUAUAAAUAUUUUAGGCCCGAUUGUUUAAUCAAACAACACUUAAUCCAAGGAGAUGUGUGCACAUAUUGACUAAAAUUCUAGUGAUUUUGGAGCAGAGUGAAAAGUUGGGGAAAAUAGAGGCAACCGAUGCUUUUUUCGCAAUGACCAAGUUGUUUCAAUCCAAUGACGUAUGUUGUUUGAUCCUAACUUUUGUCUUCAGCAAAAUCUUCGUCGCAUGCUUUACCUAGUGAUUAAAGAAUUGUCUACUGUUGCAGAUGACGUGAUUAUUGUUACUAGCAGUUUAACUAAAGAUAUGACCGGCCCAGAAAUUGCUUUUCGAGGACCUGCAAUUCGGGCGCUUUGCACUAUUACGGAUGCAGCGAUGGUCCAGAGUAUUGAACGUUACCUAAAACAGGCUGUAGUAGAUAAGUCUCCUGCAAUAGCAUCAGCUGUGUUGACGUCAGCGUAUAAGUUAAUGGAUGUUUGUCCGGAUAUAAUCAAAAGAUGGACGAAUGAAGUACAAGAAGCUGCAUCGGGCUCUCGUGUAAUGGUACAAUAUCAUGCUCUUGGUCUGUUGUAUUUAAUUCGUCAAUCUGAUCGACUUGCUGUGACAAAAAUGAUUCAAAAGUUUACUCGGUCUACUUUAAGAUCCCCUUACGCCUAUUGUCUCAUGAUAAGGAUAGUAGCAAAGCAGUUGGACGAAGAUGGGCACUCGAAUAAUCCACAAUUAUAUGAGUUUUUGGAAUCAUCUCUUCGCCACAAAUCGGAGAUGGUCAUAUAUGAAGCAGCUCGAGCAAUAAUUAGCCUCCGAAACUUAACAGCUAAAGAGUUAGCACCUGCUGUGGGUGUUUUACAACUGCUUUGUACGUCUUCCAAACCUGCAUUACGAUAUGCUGCUGUACAUACGUUAAAUGCUGUCGCCAGUAAUCAUCCUGCAGCGGUAACUGCAUGUAAUCUCGAUCUUGAGCAACUAAUCGGCGAUCCUAAUAGAAGCAUUGCAACACUUGCAAUAACAACUUUACUAAAGACGGGGAACGAGUCAAAUGUUGAACGUUUGCUAAAACAUGUAUCUCCGUUCAUGAGUGAAAUAAGCGAUGAAUUUAAAAUAGUAGUAUUGGAAUCUAUCCAUGCUUUAGCAACAAAAUACCCCAAAAAAUAUACAGUGUUAUUAAACUUUUUAUCUGGACUUCUUCGUGAUUCGGCUGGAUACACUUUUAAAAAAGCAGUUGUGGUUGCUAUCGAAUCAAUUAUCAAACAAAUUCCAGAAGCUAAAAGUAUAGGUUUGUUACAAUUGUGUGACUUCAUAGAGGAUUGUGAACAUGUUAAACUAACACAGCGUAUACUCCAUCUGUUAGGACGGGAGGGACCCUACCUCAAACGUCCUCGUCAAUUUACGCGUUACAUUUACAAUAGAGUUAUGCUCGAAUCAGCUCCUAUUAAGUGCACAGCUACGACAGCUCUGGCGAGGUUUGCUGCACACAAUGAGGAAUUACUUCCGAGUAUUCUUGUACUUCUUAAACGAAUUAUGAUUGAUGAAGACGAUGAGGUUCGUGAUCGCGCAGCUUUCUACCACUAUAUUUUAUCACAUAACCAAGUAGCAUUAAAAUCUGCUUACCUUUUAAGUGAAGAAAUGCAUCUAAGUCCAUCUGGUUUAGAGCGCGCUUUGUUGGAUUAUGUGCACAAUUCUCACACAGUCGCUGGUAGUCCUUUCUCUUUGACGACAGUCCCAAUAGCUGAUAUUGUUCAGCCAAAUGAUCUUAGUUCUGCCAUUGAAUCGGAUGUUGUAAAGAUCAAAGCUAAAUCUAAUGCGAUGGCUGGUGAAGGUCGAAACACAUUACUUGCUUCUCAGAUGUCAGGGAAACGUAUUCAAGACUCCUUUGCAGAGCAACUGGCAUCUAUACCCGAAUUUUCUGGUCUUGGCUCCAUAUUCAAAUCUUCUUCCUCAGUAGAAUUAACUGAAUCUGACACGGAAUAUGUGGUAACAUGCAUAAAACAUUUAUUCUCUAGGCAUUUAGUCUUGCAGUUCGAUUGUGUCAAUACAAUGUCAGACCAAGUCUUGGAGAAUGUCUAUGUUUCGUGUGAGCCGGACGAUCCUCUGUUUAAUAUUGUCUGCACAGUACCUUGCAAAAGCUUAAAAUAUAAUUCUCCCGCUGUGACGUAUGUUCUAGUUGAGUUGCCGGAGGAUCUAGAAUGUCAUUCUGUUACAUUUAUCAACACAUUGAAAUUUACUAUCAAAGAUAUUGACUCUGACCCUUCGGAUCCUGGUUUGCCAGACGAAUAUCAAGUAAGUUAUUUGUGGGCCAAUCAAGGUUAGUGUUACACAUCGUGUCAUAAACUUUGAUUCUGCAAAUAUAAUUGAUCUUUCACUGAGCCAUUCUGCAAAAUAAAUCCUGAAAAGACAGCGAUUCGGCAUGUCAAGACUAUACAAUUUUAUCUUUAAUCACAGUUCAUAGACACAUGUUGUUUUUCUACAGCUAUCUUGUAUACUGGACUUAUACAAUAAUUAGUUAGAAGACGUUCGAUUACUUUUAAUGUGAACAUUGCUUGGCCAACUCUGCUCAUCAUUUUCUAAAUAUCUCACCAGACAUUUUCAGGAAAUAUUUUAUCCAUAUAAUACACCUAAUUUUGUAGUUGCAUGGCUAUACUAUUAUUUAAUACCCGAAAAUCAUUAGAAGUUUGGAUGAACGUGAUACUUUGUUUAAUUGUCAGUAUAAACCUUAAUAAUAAGUCCAAAGGUUUAACUUGUUUCAUAUUUGAUCCAUUUUAAACCGCACACGUUUAACAAACGUAGUCAUUGCUCUUUAGUGAGUAGUAUUUUAGAUCUGAAAAAUACUAAACCGUUGUAUCAAGUGAAGUAUUCGGUAAUCCACACAAACAAAUUGUAGUUGUAUGUUAGUAAAGCAAAAAAUAAACUUCAUUCCGUUGUGAAUAUCAUACAAUAAUGGAUUCAUUUUUUUAUAUUGUUUGUUCUUAUUUUCCCAUCGAUGUUGAGGAGUGCAAUCGACCAGUCUCAUAUUGGUAUCCGGAUUGUCUUGAGUCACAAGUAUUAUAGGUGGCUAGCAGUGCAAUUCAGGAUGCGCGUUUCGUACUAUUUGGAACUUGUUGGUUAGAUGUAACUGCAUCCAGAUGUUGAUGUUCAGUCUGGGAGUCGAACCUAGCACCUUUUGUGAUGGUGUUUGAAGCGAGCAGUACUGGGUCCGAGUCCUGAAGUGAACAUCAACUCUGUGAUGCAGGUAAAUCCAACCGACAAGUCCCCAAUAGGUCGAAACGCACAUCCUGGAUUUCACUGCUAGCCAUCAUACAUCUUUGCUUAUAAAAUAACAAUUAGGUUAAAGCCGCUAAGUAUGCUUUCCUUAUGGUAUCUGAUCUUAUAGCAUAUACAUAUCCCCUAUCCACUUUUCUGGUUUCUCAUUUUCUAACACUUUUUCCAACUUUUAUAACAGUUGGAAGACCUGGUCCUAGGUAUUUCAGACCAUAUUCAACGUGUUUCGAAACAGAACUUUACAGUGGCUUGGCAGGAACUCAGUCCUGAAACUGAAGUAGAGGAAACGUAUAUGCUGGUGAAGCACAAGACUAUUAAAGGUAUGCAAAACUUUGCUGCUGAUACUUUAUCUUACACUUUCAGUCUGUUACUUCGAACUAAAUGGUCGAUGAAUUACGCAGAUCAAUUUGAUUAAUACAAACCCAGUGUGUGCAUCAAAAUGUUAAACAUUGUAUUAACUUCAAUUAACGUUAUUUAAUUGUCGAAACAAAACUAUAAAAGUAUCUUAACGAAGUCAAAUAUAUCAAUAGAUGUGUUCCCAGACAGGGUAAAGUAUGUUGAAUACGAAAAAACAACUUAUCUCUCUUUUUAUAAUCACAAUGAGGACUUUUAAUAUUUUAAAACUAUAUGGGGAUCCUCGAGUUUUACCGUUUUCUUGUCUAUAUAUCUAUAGGGCUCACUUAUUUUGCUAGAUGAACAUGUCUAGUGAAUUUACCACAUUUUUCUGAUUGACGAACUGUUUAAAACCAAUAUCUUUUCUUACCUUGAAAAUGGCGUUAAUUAUGUGAAAGAAAUGGGUGUACUCUGCCUCAGUCUACACAAUUAACGGAAUUAAGCUAAGUUUAUGGUUUUAUGUAGUGUGUAAUAAGGAGUUAGAUUACUUUUGUCGAUGCUUUUGACAGGACACGGCUGAAUUGUUUAUAAUUUUAUUUUCUUGGAGAGUAGGGCAACAUAUACUAUGUAGCUGCUCAUAAUCAUCAAAUGAUAUAUAUUGUUAAACAGUGAUUUUUACGAUACGUAACGAAUCCUCUUGUUUUUUUGCUUUAAAUCACUGGUUAUUUCCUCAUACUUUAGAAACGAUGCGUCAAAUUAUUGAACACCUUGGACUUCAACCUUGUGAUCAAACUGAUCAUAUGCCUCAUGAAGGAAAGUCAUCUCAUCAGCUCCUUCUGUCUGGAGUAUAUCGUGGUGGGUAUCAAGUUUUGGCCUUAUGUAAACUUGCUAAAGUAUUGUCUGAUGGAUCUCCUCAUUCAAAUGAACCGGGCAUAACUUUCCAAAUCACAGUACGCUCAUCUGAUCCCAUUGUUAGUCGAAUAAUAGCUGAUGCCAUCGGUUGAGUUGUCAUACUGACAGGCUUCCUUAUUAUUAUAUGACAUAUCUUACUUAUGUAUUGUAUUAUUUCUUUCUUACAUUGGACUAUUGGUAAUCACUUUGUUUACAAAUUUAAUCAAACUACAAGGUUGUUGUUAACACCACUCGUUGAAUAGCUGUGAUUUUUUCUUGUUAAUAAAUCUUUAUUUUGAAAUUUCUGAAUAUGCAAUACAGGAUUUAAAGUUUUACU